AUGUAUCACGGCGAUAAAGCCAAACUUAAUUUCCCGAUAUCAAAUGAGGAUAACCUAGAAAAUGACUUUGUAGCUACAGUGACAGUGGUUGUAACCCCAACUGGGGUUCGAUAUAAGGUUGUUAGGGAGAAGCCACGGGGGAAGUACGAAGAUGAUAUUGCAAACCCCAUCCAGAAGGUACGUGUCUGGCUUGGGACAUAUGACAUGAAAGAAGAAGCAACAAAGACAUUUCAAAAGGCAACGAGGAUGUAUUACUACUACCCUAAAGAUAAACCUAAAUUUCCGACAUCAAAUGAGGAUAACCUAGAAAAUCCUAAUAUAAAUAACAAGAAUCUCCAUCAUGAGCUCAAUCUUGAACUCAUACUUGCUCCGCCAGAGAGCGAGUGA